GUGCACGGUCUUCUUGCAAGUGUUAGAGCAUCUUCUGCGCAGGUGCUGGUGACAACGAGCCAGCUACUGCUCACAGCGAAGGUUCGGCCAAAGUGCUGCUGUCCGACGGUUCUUGCAGCUUUUUCUAAAAUUCAUACAUGGAGCAUGGACAUGCAGCCCAAUUGAGUUAUUGAGCGUGGGGUUGAUCAUUUUCAUUUUUCUGAGAGUGACGCGGUCCACUUAUUUUUCAAGGAGCAACGAAAAUGGCCACCUUGCAUCUGCGUUCGUUUUUUGCAUGGUCUGCGUCGUUGCUUAGCUGGUGGCCGAUACUAGACGCUUCUUCAGGACCGAAGCUUGUGGUUGGGUUUCCUUCUUCACUCGGAACGAUUUUGCCCCCGCUGGUACGCUCCGAUAUUAUUCCAACACGCGAUCUGGUUGAUGGGCACCGCAUUCCCUUGACGGGGAUCGGCAUGUGCUGCCGGGAGACUGCGCGCGGCGACCCAGCAACGCAAAGCAUUGUCGAAUAUCUCGAGCUUGGCGGGCGUCACAUCGAUACUGCGGUGCUGUACCAGAAUCAUGAAGAAAUAGGCCGAGGCAUGCAGCAGUGGAUGCAAAGCAAACUGGACGAACCCGGCGGUGGAGCAGGUGUUGAGCAAAAUCAGGAGCUCGUGAAAAAUCUUCGCCGGCAGCUUUUUUUGACCAGCAAGAUUUGGUCCGACAAGUUCGGAUACGAAAACACCUACCGCACCGUGAAAAAAUCGCUGCUGGAGCUGCAGACCGAGUAUUUGGAUCUGGUGCUGCUGCACGUGUCGGGUGAACAGGGCUUCAAUGGCGACAAGGACCCCUCUUGCGUGGACAUCGCCUCCGACGGCCGACCGGACUGGGAAUUAUGCCGGCACGCAAGCUGGGCCGCACUAGAAGUGCUGAAGGACGAAGGAUUCAUUCGGUACGCUGUUGCUUGGCUCGCCAAAAUGUUAAUUUGCAACAUAGUUGAUUUGCUUUAGCUGGAAGAUGAACAAGAUCUUGAUAUGUCUGCGCCGAGCACACCAGCGCAGGCACCGGCCGAGCAUAUGUAGCUUUUUCGGCAUAUUCUUGCAAUCGUAGUUCCAACAGCACCAACUCUCGCCCUUGAUUUUCAGGUCGAUCGGCGUCUCCAACUGGGACGUGCCCAAAAUCGAGCGUUUGCACCGACAUUCGAAGCACCGGGUGGCGGUGAACCAGCUGGAAUUGCAUCCGUGGUACCCCCAGCGCGAGAUGUUGGAUUUUGCGAACCAGCAGAAGAUUGUGCUAACGGCCUACGGGUCCAUGGGAAGCACGCGGCUGUCGAAGCAGAUCGUGACGCAGCACGUGUUCCAGCAGUUGGCCGAGCAAGUGGGACGCAACAUCACGUCGGGACAAAUUCUGCUCCGCUGGGCCGUGCAAAAGGGAGUGGUGGUGAUCCCGGGGACGGCGAACCCGAAGCACAUGCAGGAGAACCUAGACCUGUUCUCCUUCUCCCUGUCCGACGACCAAAUGGCUUUUCUGGACUCCAUCGCGGACACAAACGAGGCGAUGCACCUUUACAACCACAGGCCAGAUCUCAUCCUGUGAUCCAGUGUUUGCGCUUCCUCUAUUAAAUCUAAUCGUGCUUCGUGGUAGGCGAAAAAAUGCAAGUAAGUAGGCAUUUUCUGCCAUCUGCCUCUUCAUAUCUUCAACAUACAGUUACAGGUACAUGCACAGUAAAAAAUGCGUGAGUAAAUAACAAGGAAACAACAACAAUAUGUGAUCCAAGUAGAACAAGAAACAAAAAUCUCGGAGGAGGUGUGAUAAUUAAUGAUUACCAAUGCCCAGGCGCAAGCGGAUGUCUGGACGAGAUGUUCAUUUUUGAGGCGCCUGUGACAGUUCCCCGCCUGCGCACUGUCUCUUAGAAAUCCGCAUUUUGCAUUGCAACGGGAACCCCCG